UCUCAACCCAAUAAAGACUAAGAAAAACAGAGAGAGAGAGAGAGAGAGAGAGAGAGAGAGAGAGAGAGAGAGUCCAGAUCGGAUUUCGAUCGUGGUUUUUUCGAAAUCGGAUUCCAAACGCGUUUUGGAAAUCGUUAGAUCGAAUAUCCUCCGCCGGAGGCAUUGAAAUGUCUUCGAUCUCUGAAAUCUCUCUCUCGAUCGAAGAAGAAGAAGAAGACACCGCCAUCCUUUGGGAGAAGGAGCGAUAGAGAGAUCUCCGAAAACUUAGCCAAUCUGAACCGUCGGAUCGAACAAAAGAGAUCGAUUCAGCAAAGAGGAUUUUCCACUUUUCGACGGUCAGAUCGAUGUCGGCCACUGUUUUGAGUGAUCCGACGGCUAUAACGGCUCAAGAUUCCCAAUCUCAAUCCAUAAAGACCGAAGUCGAAUUCGCGAAGUGCGAUUGCUGUGGAUUGACGGAGGAGUGCACACUGGCAUAUAUCGCCAGGGUUCGGGAACGAUAUCACGGCCGUUGGAUCUGUGGCCUCUGCUCGGAGGCUGUCAAGGAUGAGAUCUUCAGAUCGGAUCGGAUUAUCGGGACGGAGGAGGCCUUGAUACGCCACAUAAAUUUCUGCAAGAAGUUCAGCCCAUCCCCACCGUUGAAUCCAACGGAGCAUCUGAUCGCAGCCAUGCGGCAGCUGCUGCGAAGGAGCUUGGAUUCUCCACGGGCCUUACGAUCGACUCCUAGCAGCCCGCGGAGAAAGGACGGUGAGGAGGAUGUCCGUACUGCGAGGCUGGGCCGGAGCGGAAGCUGCUUCUCGACCUUGGCCAGCUGAUGAGGGGUAGAAUUGGAAGAGUCAGAAAAGUGAGGGGGCAGAAGGUAAAGAGGAAGAAGAUAGGGACUCGGAUUUUAAUGAAUUUUGUUAAUAUUUUUCCUUUGUUAAUAGACUUCGAUUUGAAUGAUUGAAGGACUUUGGAUUUCUCCUA